GUAGGUCCCAGAGCACGCUCCCGACGUCACGUGCACUUCAGUCCAGUGAGCGGAAAUGACGCAAGCCCUGUGCGCCACCAGGAUGGCCGGGCCAUGGCGGCGGGCACAGGAUACGUGCGGCUGUGGGGCGCUGCGCGGUGUUGGGCGCUACGGCGGCCACUGCUGGCUGUCGCCGGGGGGCGGGUGCAAUCUGCGGCCGGAGCGUGGUUGCACAGAGGCCUGCGGGCCUGCGACACUUCUCCUCCGUGGGCGCUUUGGGGCCGUGGCCCCACGGCUGCCGGCCAGUGGCGGGGGCUUUGGGAGGCGAACAGCCGCGGCGGCGGCAGCGGAUUCUCGGGGGGCGAGGAUGCCCCCGAGGGCGGCGUGGAGGAUGGCGCCGCCGGCGCGGGGGGCAGCGCGGGCGGCGGCGAAGGCCCCGUCAUAACGGCGCUGACACCUAUGACCAUCCCGGACGUGUUCCCGCACCUGCCACUCAUCGCCGUCACCCGCAAUCCGGUGUUCCCGCGCUUUAUCAAGAUUAUCGAGGUUAAAAAUAAGAAGUUGGUUGAGCUGCUAAGAAGGAAAGUCCGUCUUGCCCAGCCAUAUGCCGGCGUCUUUCUAAAGAGAGAUGACACUAACGAGUCUGACGUGGUCGAGAGCUUGGACGAGAUCUACCACACGGGAACGUUUGUCCAGAUCCACGAGAUGCAGGACCUUGGGGACAAGCUGCGCAUGAUUGUCAUGGGACACAGGAGGAUUCACAUCAGCAGACAGCUGGAGGUGGAGCCGGAGGAGGCCGAGGCUGAGAAGCAGAAACCCCGCCGGAAGCCAAAGCGGAGCAAGAAGGAGGCGGAAGAGGAUCUGGGUGUCAGGCGCCAGAUGGAGGUGGUGGUGGAGCCCAACUCAGGCACCCCCAGCGAAGUGCUCAUGGUGGAAGUCGAGAAUGUUGUCCAUGAGGACUUCCAGGUCACAGAGGAAGUGAAGGCCCUGACAGCUGAGAUCGUGAAGACCAUCCGGGACAUCAUUGCCUUGAACCCACUCUACAGAGAGUCUGUGCUGCAGAUGAUGCAGGCGGGCCAGAGGGUGGUGGACAACCCCAUCUACCUGAGCGACAUGGGUGCUGCACUGACUGGAGCAGAGUCCCACGAGCUGCAGGAUGUCCUGGAGGAGACCAAUAUUCCCAAGCGGCUGUAUAAGGCCCUGUCCCUCCUCAAGAAGGAGUUUGAGUUGAGCAAGCUGCAGCAGCGCCUGGGGCGGGAGGUGGAGGAGAAAAUCAAGCAGACACAUCGAAAGUACCUCCUGCAAGAGCAGCUGAAGAUCAUCAAGAAGGAACUAGGCCUGGAGAAGGAGGACAAGGACGCCAUUGAGGAGAAGUUCCGCGAGCGGCUGAAGGAGCUCGUGGUCCCCAAGCACGUCAUGGACGUUGUGGAUGAGGAGCUGAGCAAGCUGGGCCUGCUAGACAACCACUCCUCAGAGUUCAACGUCACCCGCAACUAUCUGGACUGGCUGACGUCCAUCCCAUGGGGCAAGUACAGCGACGAGAACCUGGAUCUGGCCCGGGCCCAGGCAGUGCUGGAGGAGGACCACUAUGGGAUGGAGGACGUCAAGAAGCGCAUCCUGGAAUUCAUUGCCGUCAGCCAGCUCCGAGGCUCGACCCAGGGCAAGAUCCUCUGCUUCUACGGCCCCCCUGGUGUGGGCAAAACCAGCAUCGCCCGUUCCAUCGCUCGAGCCCUGAACCGAGAGUACUUCCGCUUCAGUGUCGGUGGCAUGACGGAUGUGGCCGAGAUUAAGGGGCACAGGCGGACAUACGUGGGCGCCAUGCCGGGAAAGAUCAUACAGUGCCUGAAGAAGACCAAGACGGAGAACCCCCUGAUCCUGAUAGACGAGGUGGAUAAGAUUGGCCGGGGUUACCAGGGGGACCCCUCGUCAGCAUUGCUCGAGUUGCUGGAUCCUGAGCAGAAUGCCAACUUCUUGGACCACUACCUGGACGUGCCCGUGGACUUAUCUAAGGUGCUGUUCAUCUGCACGGCCAACGUCAUUGAGACCAUCCCAGAGCCACUGAGGGACCGGAUGGAGAUGAUCAACGUGUCGGGCUAUGUGGCCCAGGAGAAGCUUGCCAUUGCAGAGCGGUACCUGGUGCCUCAAGCCCGUGCCCUGUGCGGCCUGGAUGAAAGCAAGGCCAAGCUGUCAUCGGACGUGCUGACUGUCCUUAUUAAGCAGUACUGCCGGGAGAGCGGAGUGCGCAACCUGCAGAAGCAGGUGGAGAAGGUCUUAAGGAAGUCCGCCUACAAGAUUGUCAGUGGUCAGGCUGAGUUGGUGGAGGUGACACCUGAGAACCUGCAGGACUUUGUGGGGAAGCCGGUGUUCACUGUGGAACGCAUGUAUGAAGUGACGCCACCUGGCGUGGUCAUGGGGCUGGCCUGGACCGCCAUGGGAGGCUCCACGCUGUUUGUCGAGACAUCCCCAAGGCGGCCUCAGGAGAAGAACAGCAAGGACAAGGACGGGAGCCUGGAGGUGACAGGCCAGCUGGGGGAGGUGAUGAAGGAGAGUGCCCGCAUCGCCUACACUUUUGCCAGGGCCUUCCUGAUGCGGCAUGACCCCACCAAUGAGUACCUGGCUCCCCGCUCCUCUCGGCAGCCUGGAGCCUGUGCCCUGGCCGUGCCCUCCGCCCGGGAAGCCAUUCCCACCUCCCGACCAGCAGCAACCCGAUCGCGCGCCUCGGAACUCACCCCACGGCGGCGGCUGUGCCUCGGCUUGCUCACGUUCUUGGUCACCUUGUGGCCCUUGUUGAGGCCCACGGCCAUGGGAUAG